AUGAACCAGACGGUGUUUAUGUUGGGAAUGUUGAUUGGAGUAUUUAUAUCUGGUCAUCUUAGUGACAGGUUUGGAAGACGUCCCGUGUUGCUAGGUUCCCUGUGCCUGUCCAUUGUCUCGAGCUACGCAGGCGCAGCUGUUCCGAACUUGUCGUUUUUUUAUGUUACCCGGUUUUGUUCAGCGAUGGGGGUAGCCGGCAUACAGAAUGCGGGUGUUUGUCUUUGCAUGUUAUUUCAUUACUUACGUAAGUGUAAAGUUUUUCUUCAACUCUCUUCCUUGAGGAAGGCAGACCCAUCUGUCGGUAACUCUAGGAUUUUAUCUUUUGCGACAUCAUUUUUAUACUACGCCUUGACCUUCGGCUCGGCAAGACUAGGGGGCAAUAUGUACAUCAACUUACUAAUCUCGGCUGCUGUGGAACUUCCGGUUUGUGUAGUGCUCCCUCUAGUGGUAAAGUUCGUGAAACGGAAACCACCGAUCAUAGUAUCCUUCGUGGUUACCUGUGUGGCCUGUGUUCUGGUGAUUGUUGUUCCGGAAGAUAUGGUGGUGACAAAGAUUUCGCUAACCAUGAUAGGGAAAAUGUUCAUAGCCACUGUUGGUAACAUCAAUUUUGUUUAUGGAGGAGAAGUGUUCCCCACUGUUAUUCGAACUGUGGGGGUUGGCACUGCUAUCCUGUGUUCGAGGAUAGGAGCGGCAAUCGCUCCUUUUGUUCGUGAACUGAGUAAAUCCACGCACGUCGCUGUACCUUCAGUAAUCUAUGGUGUUCUGUCAAUAGUAGCAGCCAUUAUGGUCUUCCUUCUUCCGGAAACAUUUAACAGACAGCUUUCGGACACAAUACUGGAGAUAGAGAACCCAGAGAAAUUGGCCAAAUAUCAGACAGAAGGUCCAAUUGAAGAGACCGAGCUUGAACAACCAGUAACAGCAUGAAAAUAGAACCAUACGGUCUAUGUUAACAUGUUUUAUUAAUAGUUUAUUAUAAUUAUUUUAAUCACUUUUUUUUUAAAGUAACA